AUGUUUGAUGCUACAGUAUCUAAGGAAUAUUCCAUGAAUCAGUUAUGUCUUGAUGGAAUUGCUAGAAACUUAACAUAUGAUCUAAUCAACUGCCAAGCAACAAUAGCUUCCUUGAACCCGGAACAAACUAGACGUUCUGCAUCAUCUAGGAUUUUACCGCGAAACCAUUGGGAUUAUGCAAAAGAUGAAAACUUGCUAGUCAAAUUAAAAGCAUUGCUGCAAUGUAAAAAUCGGGAUUAUAUUAUGCGAACCGAACAAAGGGGCGAUUUUUGGGUGAUGCGCAAUUACGUGCAAGCAAAUCAUGGUCCUUUGGAAUGCACAGAUUCUAUAACAUUUUCAACUCAUGCUGAUCAUUCUUAUUUGGACAAUGUUGUUCCCUUGUUGGAGCGAUGGAUGGGGCCAAUUAGCCUGGCUUUAUAUACUCCAGGCACAGAUUUUCUUCCGGCAUUCGAUUCAAUACGCUAUCUUAGAGAUUGUGGACCGUAUUCAAAUCUAGUACGCGAAUUUGUCACAUUCCACGUGUAUUUUGAAAAAACGUAUGUUCCUGAUCAUGAUCUUAGAUAUUUAAGAAGUCAAUUGAGCAAGAAAUCGUUCAAUUGUUCUCUAGCUGCGCCUUAUACAAAUGUCGAACGUUCUACGCUCUUCAGAUCAAUUCAUAAUCUUUCUUAUCCAAUUAAUGUUGGAAGAAAUAUAGCAAGGGAAGCAACAAUGACACACUUUGUUUUAGCGAGCGACAUUGAAUUGUAUCCUACUCCAGAUUUGAUUAGAAAAUUUUUAGAAAUGAUUGCUAGAAACGAAGGACCUCUAUUAAGCAAAAAUCCGAGAGUUUUCCCAUUGAACAUAUUUGAAGUGGAGGAAUUUGUGAAAGUUCCUGAAGAUAAACCUGCACUAAUCAGGAUGUUGAAAGAAAAUUUAGCAAUACCAUUUCACAAGAAAAUUUGUCCUUAUUGUCAUAAGAUACCAAAAGCAAAUGCAUGGCUGAGAACAAGUAGUAAAGAUGGUGCAAAACAAGAUUUAAAUAUAUUUACUGUGGCUAAAAGAAGAGACAAUUUUUUGUGGUGGGAACCGAUAUUCAUAGGUACUCGAAAUGAUCCUCUGUAUGAUGAAAGCUUUACUUGGGAAGGCAGAAAGGACAAAAUGAUACAGGCUUAUAUAAUGUGUUUGUUGGACUAUGACUUUUUCAUACUGGACAAUGCUUUUUUAGUACAUAAACCAGGCAUAAAAAUUUACACUGAAGAUAAAAAUUCUUUAAAUUUAACUACAACAGUUAAUAAGCUAUAUAGAACUAUUGUUAAUUCACAAUUAAAAAUGCUCUAUGGUAUACGAAAGGGAUGUUGA